ACGGAAUACACAACAUCGCGACUCAUGAAGCAUUGCGAAUCCAGUGUUGAUCUCGCACACUCUGCCGCAUGCAUCUGCAGUGCUUGAGGUCACCAGGCUCUGCCGCUUUUCUCAGAUUUUGCCUCACAGGUGUUAGUUACAUUGCUUGCGCUGCGGCUCCUUAAAUUCCAGGUUAUCCAGGUUCGAUCCUGUUUUCUCAUCUCGUCCACGCAAGCAGCUCCCUCAGAACACCACUGGAAGAAUCAUCCGUCUCGCUCCAUUGGAACCCGGAAUUGUGAUUUAUCCCAGCACUUCCUGCUCUCUGGACCCAGUAACCAUCCCUCUGAUUUCCUCAGAUGUCUGGCCAGCGCUUUGUUGGUCUCAGCAAGAAGCAACCCGUUCCUCGGCUAUUAAGCGUUAUCCGCAGAGACCCCGCCAGCAACAAUAUGAAGGACGUCGAUGUCGAUGCCCCUCCGCUGAGCAGUUCCGACCAGAGUGACGACGACGGCCUGCCGGUCAGGGGAGAUAUCCAGCCCAGUCGCUUCCUGAGGGGUGGGCGGCAACAGCCAUCGCCACGCCAACAGACCAAGGCUACCGACUCGGGUAAAAGCCAUACGGACUUAGCGACAAGCCGCAAGCGAACCCGCGCAUCAACAGGGCCUCUUCCCGAUCGACAGCUCGGUUCGAGCACUCAGGAACUAGGUCGCCGGUCUGACUCAGCAACGGCGCCCAACGAGUCAAGUCCGGCAACAAAGCAAUCGAAAAGCAACACUCCAAGCGACGGGGAGCUAGGCAGUCAGUUUGACAUAGAUCCGAUCUUUCACACGCGAAAGAGACCGAUCGUGAGACGUUAUGGCGGCACGAAGGCCCUCAGCAGUGGGGUCAAGGAAAAGGCAUUGCCGACCAAGAGGUUCAAGCGUCCGCCGAAGGCUGAAUCACCAGAGCCACCAAGCCCGGAGAGGCGAAAGAAGUUCGAGAUCCCGUCGUCUCCGUCGAUGGCGGGAGAGGAUCCUGCCUCCCCAGCCCGCAAGUUGAACCUUCCAGACGACGACUUAGACUCACCAGCGGAUGUAUCCCCCGUGCGAAAGAAGCAAUUCACGAUGCCGGAUGAUGACACUUCAACGCUCUUGCGAGAUCUCGAUGGUCCGGAGGGAUCACAGCGACUCGCAUUUUCCAUUCCCGAAGAGCUGCCUGAACCAUUCGUCAGGACGUCAGAGGGCAACGGGAGCCUCACCGUUUCGCCGCCAGCCGGCGCUUCCAGCCCAAUGAGCCCACUACGAAACACAACCUCGCCCCUCACGGAUUUGGGAUCCCUGGACUCGACACCCGUUUGCCCGCUGUGCCGCAAAGUAGUCGACCAGGCACACUUGGACGACUUCAAAGAGCGACAUCCCCGGUUGACAGUCGCCAACAUGCGAAAAUUCUGCCAGGACCACAAGCGGCGGUCAGCUCGGGAGACGUGGAUCCAGAAGGGGUACCCGGACAUCGAUUGGCGACGUCUCGACGAACGGAUAUCGCGGCACUACGGCUUCCUCCGCAAGAUCCUCGAAGACGGCAUGGACUCCCACUACGUCGACGUGUUCCAAGACACAGUUCGCGCGGGAAAGAAUCGGACGCUCUUCCGGUCGGACGCGAACCUCACGCCCGGAUACUACGGCAUCCGCGGCCUGAGAGCGAUGUCGGAGAACUUGAUUCAGGAGUUCUCGUCGAUACUGCGGAAGCGAGCCCUACAGGACAGGCUAGUGUCGGCCCGGGGCUACACGGUAUAUUUGCAGUCGGUGCUGGUACCGGAGCUGGCGGUGCGGCUGAUCAUGGAGGAUAUGAGUGUGGGCGAGGAGGAGGCGAGGCGGAUUCUGGAGGAAAGUAGUGAUGUUGGGGAGUUGUUGAACGAUGAGAUUGCUGAUGUCGUUUUGGAGGAUGAUGAUGUCGUUGAUCCGCUUAGCCAGGCACAUUGAUUGCUGUCACUGAGGGAAGAGGGCCCUUGUUUUGAAGAUGCUUGACACCAGCAGGCACUUUAUCGGUAUGGCUGUGCUCUCUGUUAUGGCUUUCCCGAGGAUAUUGUCACUAGCACACAGGAGGCCGAAAUGAUACCCACUGGGUUUCCACCAUGCCUGGCAUUGUUAUUCUGAGUUGCUAUAACUAAGUUUGUUGAUUAGGCGGAGGAUAAUAGGAGUUGGUCGGUUGAAGGCUUCUUGCGAAGACCAGCCGCCUGCAAUUUUACGCCGAAAACGGUACCAGCAGGGACACAAGAUGCCGGGGGUUACGGAACGUAGGACCACAGAUUACGCAUUCAUGUCCGAGUUACCGAUAAUGCGGUUA